UAAAAACAACACAUUCAGGAACUUUGUAAGAGGACCGGCUAAAUCCAAGAGUGAUAGCGGGAGAGAGUGCUGAAAGAACAACAAAAGCCAAGAAUGCGGGUGGAACUACAGGGGAGUGUUCAAGGGGAUGUUUCCACUUGACUCAUCACAUGUGGUUGCUAGUAGAGCUAGAGCUCUACGUUACUCCUCCAGGAGCGGACGGAGUUGAGUGAGUCCACUUGGGCACCACCAGCUAGCUAGCACAAGGGGACCGCAGCUUUCCCUGGCUUUUGACGCCUUCUCCCGUUUUAUGGAAAUAAAUUAUGGAUUGUUCAACGUAACAGCAGCUACUUGAGCGUAAAAUCAAAAUGAUGAAGCUGUGUCUUCAAAGGGCUCUUCCGAGCUCGGUUUUAUUAAGAGCUAAAGUCGCAUCAGAAUUCGCCAAGCCAUCCUUCUUGGCGUCGCACGCUCAAAGGUGUUAUCUCGGAACACACAAACGCAAGGAGAAGCUCGAGCCCCUAAACUCAGCGAAAGGCGCGAGAGAUUUCAUCUACAGCCUGCACCCGACCGAACGGACAUGCUUACUGCAGGAACUACAGAGCUUUGAGUCGAUAGCUAUUGCUCAAGAGAAACUGGAAGCCCAACCACCAAGCUCUGCACAGCUGCGAUACUUGCUCCUCCACAAUGCAAUUCCCUUCGUAGGGUUCGGUUUCCUGGACAACGCCAUCAUGAUUGUUGCAGGGACCCAAAUCGAAUUGUCCAUUGGAGUGAUCCUAGGGAUCUCCACCAUGGCAGCUGCUGCCCUGGGAAAUCUGGUGUCUGACCUGGCAGGGCUCGGUUUGGCAGGCUACGUGGAGGCUCUUGCUCUCAGGCUGGGUAUGCAGGUCCCAGAGCUGACCCCCAAACAGGCAGACAUGUGGCAAACCAGAGUCAGCGCGCACUUGGGGAAGGCCAUUGGCGUGACCAUCGGCUGCAUCCUGGGCAUGUUCCCCCUGUUCUUCCUCAGCGAGGAGGACGACAAGAAGGACAAGGACGCUCAGAAGGAAGCACAGAGCCCAGCCAGUACAGAAUAGCAAGGCCCAGCAGGAGAGGAGCACAGUCCUGGCUACACUUCCUCCCUAAGAAGCCUCCUCUGAAGGACACUCCUAAAAAAGACUUCUCUGGAGCUCCCAUCCCUAAUCACUAACCAUUGCAGUCCACCCCACUGCCCGCCUCCCCUUCCUUCUCUGCCAGAGAUGUCAAUCCUGGGUUUGGAAAAUGAAAAUCCUGCCACCAAUUUGAUCCAUCCAACUCUGAAUCAGCGGAUUGUAAUAAGCACUCAAGACAGGUGGACCAGUUACACAGGGGGGGGUCACCUGUGUUGGAAGGAAACUGUGGUAGGGUUUUUAUUUCUGAACCAGGUUUUUUUCGCCCCUGCUCUCCCCCUCCACAACCGCAUGCAUCCAAAUAGGCACUAACGCUCUGAUGCAUGCCAGUGCUGAGUCUGUUGUCGGCCUUGUUUAACCUCAUCCCUCAGUGCAUCUACAAAGCCCCCUGUGUGUGUACCGUGUACAGCCGUGAGGGGUGGUUUCGAACAGAACAAUACAUUGGAGUGCAAAUUUAUGCUAAUUUAUUUGAAACUUUGUAAAGAACUGUAGGACUUCUGGGAAGUGUGUUGGGCGUCAUUCAUCUUUUGUAUUAUUUGAGAUCAAACUUAGCAACUCUAGCCUCAUUCUCAUUUUUACAUUAUUAUGGUGUGUGUGUGUUUGUGUGUGUGUGUUUUUCAAUGUUUGCACGAAGUGACAGAAUUUUUCAUGUUUUCCUUUAAAAAAAAAAAAUACAGUACAUUCAGCAUACCUGUAAUCAAGGUGGUAGCCUGGAAUAAGCAGCCAGAGUUGGGCUGCACUUAAUAAUACGCACAAAAGGCCUAGAGAUUAAGGAGGUGCCCAGUGGGAGAACUACAAAGGUGACUAAGUGAUAAACCUGGGGUGUAUUCCCAU